AUGCGAAAGAAGCUUCCGAAAGGUACCGCUGAACUUGUCUUUCUUACUAUUUUAAGUGAUAUUUUCAGGACCUUUUCCUUUGCCCAUAAUUGGUAAUUAUCACCAGUUCAUCUGGGCGAUUUACAGAGAGAAAAGCAUGGUGAAAGUGUUGCAAAAGUUCCAGAGAGUGGGUUUUGUGUUUUAGUUACUUUGCAAGUUUUUCUUGAAGGAAUAUGGAAAUUUGUUCACGAUUUGGCUUGGACCGACGCCGUCGGUCAGUAUCGCCGAUUUCGAAACUGCUCAAGAGGCGAUGGUCAAAAACGGCGACAAAUUUCCUCACAGGGACAGCAGUGGAAUUUUCGAGGACAAUAGGGGUUCGUUUUUUGAAAUUUGGAGAGAGGGAAUUUGGAAAAAGCUGAGAAACGGAGUCAAUUCGGACCCUUCCUAUUUCAAAAAAGGGGGUUUCGGAGUUUUUUCUUUUCGCUGAACUCUGACUUUUUCACAGAACCACAAAAUUCCAUUUAAGUUGAAAAUAGAAAAUUUGAAGUACCAAAUGGUUACUAAUAAGAUUUGAAGGCUUCUCGGCGUAAAAUGGCAACAUUGAGAAUGAAUUUUUCAAAAAAAAAAGUUCAAGCAUUUCUUAAGCGCUUUAAGAUCCUGUGGAGCAAAGACGUUCAAUUUUCAACUUUUAAACUAGAUAUUAGCCUGCUAUUAAAACAUUUUAAGUGGAUAAGACUUCAUCAAUCAUUUUUUAUUUUUUUUUAAUGUUUUUUAGUUGGGUAGUAAAGAAGAAAUAGUAACAAAAGCCCUUUUGAGGAAAAACACUAAUUUUCGAAUUGAAACAGCAAAAAUAGUACCAGACGAUUUUCCAUUAGAAUAAGUAGGAAUAGAUAAAAUAAGAGCAAAAAUUAUUUCAAUAUUGUAAAUUCCCAUCUUCUAAAUUGAUGAUUCUCUAAUAAAGGCUUUUUCAGAAAUGAGUUAAAAAUUUCCUCAUUAAUGACGUCAUAGUAUAGAAAAACCUUUUCGAGAAAAAAAAACAUUUUCUAACAGAAAAAAACAAAAAAACGAGCCAAGAAGUUAAUAUGAAAUUUUUCAAAAAUGCGGAUUUUUUUAUCUACUCAAUUAAUAAUUUUUCAAAACUGAGACUUUUUAGAGAUAAUUUAUAAUUUUUGAAAUGACGUCAUAAUAAAGAAGACUUAUUUUUCGAACUGAAACAGCAAAAAAAAGAGCCCGAGACUUGAUGUGAAAGUUUGAAAAGAAUUACAGGAGAUAAGAGAAAAAGAUAAUCAAAGAAAAAAAAAUUGCAAAUUUCCGAUUUUCUGAAAACAAAAAUCUUAAAACCGAAGCUCUUAGAGAUCAUUUAAAAUUUUUCAAUGACGUCAUGAUAAAAAGAGUUUUCUAACGUUUUUCUUUCAAUUUUCAGCGGGUUUGGGUGUUUUUGCGGCAAACGGCCAUGAGUGGCAAGUGCGCCGCCGGUUCACCCUUCAGACUUUGAGGAAUUUCGGCCUCGGCAAAAAUAUGAUGGAAGCCCGGAUUAUGGAAGAAGUCAACUCUAGGUUCUAUUAAUCCUCAAGUUUCGUUUCAAAAUAUUAAAACCCAGGUUUCAAUCGAUCGAAAGAGACGCCGUGAAUGGGGAAACUGUGAGGAAUAUUCAUAAUUUCCUGGAUAUCACUAUUGGAAGUCUAAUCAACAGUAUUCUGUUCUCGAAACGAUUCAAGGAGGUUUCUUUCUACCUCAAUGUUCUGAAAAUUCUCUUCAACUUUUUAGGACGACGAAGAAUUCAAGAAAUUAAAGCGGAACCUAGACGCGUCUACGGAAAACUUCUCCUGGUUCGAAGUUCUCAUGCCCCUUUGGAUUCAAAAGUUGAAAAUAUUCGAGAAAAGGUUUCAUUUUUUAAUUCCUUCUGUUUGAAAAUGAUAUUCAUCAGACAAGAAAAAAUCUUCACUCCCCAGAAAGAAGCACUCAAGUACCUCAACAGCUACAUUGUCAAGAGGUAUAGCCUGUGUACCACGACUUGGAAUUUCACCGAACGACAUUCCGCUGUUCCGCUGCGCGCCUUUGCGAACCUUGGUCGCGCUUUUAAUUUUUUUUUUCUUUUUCAAAGGUACUUUACUUCCAUGUGUUCCCACAGCAAUAAAAAUCAAUUGAAAGCGUGACCUAGAUUCGAAAGACGCUUCGCGAACGCACGCAGCGGAACAGCGGAAUGUCGCUCCGUGAAAUUUCAAGUCGUGAAGAUAUUUUUAGAACUUGAACUGAAAAAUUGGAUAUUUUUCAGACAGGAAGAAAUCGAAAAUGGACAACGACAGGUUUCAGAUGAGCCUCAGGACUUCCUAGACGCUUAUUUGCAAAAAAUACGACAAGAAAAGGAAGAUGGAGUGAAGGAUAGCCCUUUCCAGUGAGUUCAGAGAUGAAAACUCCUCAAAAAAAAGUGAUAUUUUGGCGUUUUUUUAAAGAAAGGGUGGAAUGGAAGGGCAGAAUAAUCUUCAUUUGUCAAAAAAUAACAUUUUCGGCCUACUUUCAAAGGGGAAGUCCAAAUUAUGUUUAAUAAAAGUCUUCGAAAAAGUUUUCUAACCAUUUAUUUUCGCUAAAACGGUUUUUUUUUUCACUUUUUGAAAGUCAAUCGACGACAAAAGGUUUGAAAAAUAGUGAAUUUUUCCCAAAACUUUAAGAAACUUUUUUGAAGCUGUUUUAUAAGGGAAGGACAAAAAGAUGCAGAAUAAUGUAGUGAAACGCAAAAAAAUAAAAGAAAAUAUCACUGGAAUCAGCUUUUCUACGUAAAUUAGAGCCAAAUUCAAAUUCCGCGCCAAACGAAAUGAAAAAAUUGCCUUGUUUUGAACUCCUUUUUCAGUUUGGAAGACCUCCGACUCACCUUGUUGGAUCUUUGGAUAACCGCCCAAGAAACGACGGCGGCCACGUUGAACGUCGCCAUUAUGAAGAUGAUCUUCCAUCCUGAAGUUGGCUUGAAAUUAUGCUUCUUCUAUAGCCUGUGUACCACGACUUGGAAUUUCACCGAACGACAUUCCGCUGUGCCGCUGCGCGCCUUUGCGAAGCUUUUGAUUUUAUUUUCAUUUUUUAAUAAGGUACUCUACUUUCAUGUGCUUCAACAGCAAUAACAAUCAAUUGAAAGCGUGACCCAGAUUCGAAAAACGCUUCGAACGCACGCAGCGGAACAGCGGAAUGUCGUUCGGUGAAAUUUCAAGUCGUGGCACAGACAAGGAAGGUCAUUUCACUUUUUUUGGGGGUUCCCUAAAAAUAGGCCAGAACACUUCUAGAUGGUCCAAAUGAAAAUCCUAGAAGUCUCAACCUGCAAAACUUCCUAGUUUCCGAGAAAGGAAACUUAAAACAUUUAAAACCAGGGAAAAUAUUAAAAAUCAGGAAAAAUUUCUGGACUUUGAGCCCUUAUUUCUCAAAAACUAGGGAGUUUUAAAGGUUGAGAGCUUCAGAAUAUUUUUCUGAUACAUCAAGAAGUAUGCUGGCCAAUUUUCAAGAAAUUCCCGACAAAAAUGGGAAAUGACCUCCUUAGCUUUAAUGAAACAUCGCAAAAAAGGCCAAUAUCUUGAUUUCUGGAAGAAAAGGCUAUAAAAAAGGUCGAAAUUCAGGAGAAAAAACAAUUUUUGACGCCUUUCCAGUCCCGUUCUUAUUCUGUAGCUUCUUUUGAUAUCCACAAAAAAUUACUCUACCAGGAUUUUUUAUAGAUAUUUUUAAAAACUCCUUUUAAGCAGCUUUGAAAUUAAGUUUCAAUUCAAAAUGUCGCUUUUAAGGUGCAAAAAAAGGUCCGAGAUGAAUUAUUGAAAGUGACAAACGGCGGAAAUCGUCCCCUGUCCCAAACUGACAGGACCAGUACCCCUAUUUCAAUGCCACCAUUCAGGUUUUCUAAAAAAAAAAGAAAACAUGUAAUUUUUGGUUUUUUCCAGGAAAUUCACCGACACGCUUCGAUUCUCAACUUGAGCUUUUGGCGGCGGAACGCGGAGGUACCUAUUUUUCGAAAUAUAUGAAAAAAGCUUGGCAGAUGCUUUUUUAUUUUUUAUAUUGGUCUUUAGAGACAGUGAGACUUCUGAAUGAGACCUCGAUGAAGUUUUUCACGCUGAUUUCAAAUCUGGUCUCAAAAGUUGUCCAAUACGUCUGUGAGAAAAAGUUAUGGACCCUCAAAAGUCGAAAAAUUCCAGUGUCUCCGUUUUAGCUUCUUCCUGGGGGUAUAUAUAUCUUGUUUUUCCGCUUAACAUAAAACGAAUUAUUUUUUUCUUCAAAAGAAUUUUUCAAGCCCAGAUAUGAUUUUUCAAAGCUCCGCCAGAGUUCAUAACUUUUUUCACAAGCGUAUUGGGCAAAGUUUGAGACUAGAUUUGAAAUCAGCGUUAAAAACUACAUCUAAAAGCUGGUCUCAUUCAGAAGUCACACUGCGUCCAAAUAACAUUCCCGGAUAAGGAUAUUUUUCUGUUCUUUGUGACAUAAAAUGACGCAAAAUUGCCUGGUUAUCUUAUCUUAUGAGACGGUUGUUGAUAAACCCAAUGAAACACUUAGUCUAUCAGAAAAAAACUGUUGUCAGUUCUUGUUGAAGAUUUUGGAAAAGUAUAACUGGAAAACUACCAAAAAACCUUUUUUUUUCGUCUUUUAAGGUCUUUUUGAAGAUUUUAGUAGUUUUAAAGACAUAUGAUAUAGUCAAAAAAGUUUAAUUUCGGACAAAAAAUUUUCCCUAGAAUAGUUCCCAUAAGGGAACGCAAGUGGCCCCCUAGAGAAGUUAACCCCCCUUAUGUUGUCCUUAUUUAGGUUUAGGAUUUGAUGUCUAAAUCCCUUAAUAAAGCUCGAGAGGUCCCUAUAGGGUUUUUAAAUUUUUUUUUUCAAAUUUCUAACUAUACAAAAACCUUUGUAUUUAUUGAAAUAACGCUAAUUUACCGAUUUUUUCGCUUUGGAAUGCUGUUCCUUUAACAAAAAUCGACUAGCAUGUUCCCUAAAGUGGCUACUAACUGAAACCCCUCAAGUAGCUUUUGCAAGCUUUAGUUGAUCCUAGAGGAAGAAGAAAGACGGUCUCUAGAGAGAAGCUUUUGAAGAGCCCUACAGGAUCCGCUCUGGUGUUCCUAGCUGCGUAAAGCUUUAAAAUUUUAUUUUGACAUUUAUAUUUUUCUUGGAGCUGAAUGACAAAGAAUUCACAAAAAGGAAAAGUCCAGAAACCUACAGUAGUCUGAAAAAUCAAAAAAAAAUAUUCUGCGAAAGCCAGCGCUCCAAUGAAUCAUGCUUUUAAUUGGCUGACCACGCCCACUUUUUUUGAAUACGGAAGGCGUGGAAAAGAGAGGAAAGUGGUCCCUAAUUGUAAACCUUCAAAAGCCUUUAAAGUUGUCUCUAUAGAGAACACUCUGAAGUUCCUGAGUGAGUAUGAAUCUAAAAAUUCUAGGACACGGUAGUGGCUGGCCAGCCUGUGGCGGAAGGAGCCCUGGUUGGAGUUCAAUUGAGUCUUCUCCACAGGGAUGAAAGUGUCUACAAAAACUGGCAGGAGGUUUCAAAAUCUCAAUUUUUCUUUAAUAAACGAGAUAAUUUUAGUUCAACCCAUCGAGAUUUUUGGAAAACGAAAAGCUGAAUCGAAUGGUGAUCCCAUUUGGAGUCGGCAAAAGGGCCUGCCUGGGAGAAUCCAUGGCCCAAGCUGAGAUCUACCUGGUUCUUUUUACUUUUUUAGUUAAUUAACUCCAUCACUAAUUAAGAUAUUCGGAAAUCUACUGCUCAACUACGAGAUCCAAGCUCACGGGGCAGACCCGGACCCGGAAGAAUUGGCUCCGACUUGUCCGUUCCGAGUUCCGAAGGACUACGACUUCAAACUAAUUAAAGUUACUUAA